CAUUUUUUUUAAACUUCGUGGGACCUUACGCCACCCGAUCCUCAAGUUCGCUUGCGAUUUCCGGAACGAGACGAUAAUGAUAUUUUCUGGGCAUUUGCUGUGAUAACUGGGAUGCAAUAUCUGCCACUUGUGUACUCCAACAGCUGCGGCUACAAUUUUCCUGGCCUUCGAAAUGUCCUCGGCCCUCAGACGGCUGGUAACAGUUAAGCCACUAGGAUCGUUUGCUCCGGUCAGUCACGCAAUGGAACCAUCGUUGGAGAAAUACUGCCCGGAAUUCUUUUGUAGUUAAAACGUCCAAACAAGUGGGCUAAGUUUCAAUUUUGUGCCGCUCUCGUUUCGUGUCGGAAGGUCUUCAAAAAUGCGAUACGUGGCUGCAUACCUCCUGGCUGUCCUCGGCGGAAACGCCAGCCCAUCGGAUGCCGACAUCGAGAAGAUCCUAGGCUCGGUUGGUAUCGAGGCCGAUUCGACCCGCGUCACCAAGGUGGUCAACGAGCUCAAUGGCAAGUCGGUGGAGGAACUGAUUGCCUCCGGUCACAAGAAGCUGUCGUCGAUGCCAGCUGUUUGAACCGCUGCUGAUGCUGCUGUUUGAACCGCUCCGGCUGCUGAUGCUGAUGCUCCUGCUGAUGGUGCCGCUGCCGCUCCUGCUGAAGAGAAGAAGGAAGAGUCGGAACCAGAGGACGACGUCAUGGGCUUCGGUCUCUUUGAAUAAGAAAGGAUUCAACCACAUCAUUGGGAUGUGUCGAUGACCAUUCGUACGAAAGGUACGAAUAUUUUUUUCUGUGAAAUAAGUUUCAGUUCAUGUAUUCGGCUAUUCGGCAACAUAAAUGUUAAAGGAAAACUGCUGAAAUGUAUUAUCUCUAUAGAGCUUGUAAUAAAACCCGAGUUAAAGCAAUAAAAUAUUUGAUGUAUUUUGUAUUUGAUUCGUAAAAUAAUAAUUUUAAGCAAAAAGAUUUUAAAAUCCAAAACAAAAAAAAAUCACCCAUAUAUGAGUCAAUUUAACCUAUAAUAAAGUACCCAAAAAUAGGUGAACUUUACCAAUAUUUCCAUGAACCGAUUGUACUCAAAUAUGAGUAAAUGUCAAUUCACCCAUAAAUACGUAUGUGCACUUUUUCGAGAUUAUAGGUAUAGUUCACCCAUAUUUAGGUGAACUGAACUAAGCGUGUAGACCGCUGUCAGUUGCAUGAGAUGUCAACAAUCGUCAACAACACCAAUGAUUGUAGCUUGAUAAUUAAAAAUAUCCACAACAAUAAAAGAGCAGGAUUAAUUUUUAAAUUCUGCUCAAGCUUUUCACGGUGAAAUAAAAGGAAAAUUGUUGUUCUCCAUGUCUCGUCUCAGGCAUGGACGAAGGAAACUUCCCAGAUCGAUGGAAACGGCAGAAAUUGGUGCUAUUACCGAAGCCUGAUGGCAAACAGCCGGGGGAUCCUUCGGCAUAAGGUUGGUAUCGUGUUCAAAAGAAAUUUCGUUUUCUAUCUCAAUCACAUGUUAGAUUUCGUUCACUGAAUCGGAAAAGUAAAAAAUCGAAACAAAAUUCUUAUAACAGUA